UUCGAAAAUCUCGUCUCUCUUUUUAACGCUCUCUAUGGAAUGACGUCUUUUUCUCUCUAGUAUUUCUCGAACCAGUCGCCCAACUUUGAAGCGUUUGAAUUCUAAAGCAUAAUUCUACUCAAAGAAGCAGAGCAACUAUUACUACUCUACUUGGGUUUCUUAUCCACACUCAAAGAAGGAAAUGGAGUCUGAAAAUGGGGUUUCAAUAGAGGAUAAGAGUGGUUUUACUGAAAAAACCAAUGUGGAAGGAUCGGAUGUGGGUUUAAAGAAACAGGAACUGCAUGUUGAUGAUGGUGAAAACGUCUCCAAUGUGAAUGGAAUCUCUGAAAAUGUAAUUAAAGCCGAAAUAGAUGUUAAUUUAUCAAGAGAGAGUAAAUUACCAAACCUCCUUAAAGGACCAAAUGUUGCUAAUUCAAAAAACAAUAAAAUUGCCAAGGAUCGACCUAGUUUGAAAGGCCCAGCUCUGUUUGCUCGUAACACAAGGUCGAGCCUGACUCAGAGCCUGUCUUUCCCCGCGAGAGGACUCCAUUCUGAUGUCAUGAAGAAGAGCAUUGAUGUGUACCCAGUGAAAUCAGAUGCCAAACAUCUUCGAACAAGUAUGGCAAAAGCUCAAUUUCGAUCUUCAAAUGGAAUGAUGACUUCAGUUACGAGUUUGAGUCCAACUAAGAGACGAGCAUCCACCGGAGUGAACUCAAAGGGAACAAACACAAAUGGUGUCCGGGCAUCCACUCGCCGGGCGACUCUAGCAUCUGCCCAAAGCACCAAUCAGUCACUGCUUGGAAAAUCUGUUUCCGUAAAUGGAACUACAAACUACCCUCCAUCUAAAGUCUCCUCAUCGGUUGAUCAACAUUCACAGCCUAUCAAAACUGCAUUACCAAUUAAAGAGGACGACGAUGCCCGCUCCACUACUUCCUCGAGUGCCACACCUGGUGGACGGAGGAGCAGUGCGAUUGGAUUUUCCUUCAGGUUGGAAGAGCGUGCUGAAAAGCGAAAAGAGUUCUUUUCAAAGCUAGAAGAGAAAAUUCAUGCUAAGGAAAUGGAAAAAAGUAACUUGCAAGCACAAUCAAAGGAGAACCAGGAGGCAGAGAUAAAAAAGUUGAGGAAGAAUUUGACUUUUAAAGCUACACCUAUGCCCAAUUUCUACAAAGAACCCCCGCCAAAAGUUGAAUUGAAGAAGAUACCAACAACACGAGCAAUAUCUCCAAAGCUUGGAAGGAACAAGAGCUUCAUUGCUGCAGGAAACAACACCUCAGAAGGCCGUGGAUUGUGUCUUAGUCCACGUGUGUACCGAGAUCAUAGCAAGUCACCCAAGGGUAGCCAGGCCAGUUGUGACAAAGAUAUUGCUGCUUCAAAGAAAUUGAUAAGGAAGUCUCAAUCUAAGCUUCAGCCUCAGGAAUCUGUGACGACUAAAACAGAAGGAAUACCAGUCGAGGCUAAGCCAAAGACCACAGAAACAGAGAGCCAAGACCAAAAAACUUCUGAAGGAGAAUCCAAAGAAAGCCAAAAUCAGUCCGUGAAUCCCUUUGAAGUCGAGGAUAGGAUAGAGCCAGAGUGUGAGAAGACUCCUGCUCAGAGCAAUGGAGACUUUUCGAGUUCAGGCAAUCCAGAUAUCAUGCCUGUUGAAGUAGCUGUUGGAGGUUGAAGACAUCAUAACUCAGACCUCAUACUACUUAUAGGUUCUUAAAGUCUUUUUAAGUUCCAUUGUUUUGUGAAUAGUGUGUGGUUGUAAGUCACUUUGAAAGCUACAUAUUGGUAAUCUACAGGUUAAUAUAAUCAUGUGUUUUAUAGUGAAGAAUUUUCAGUUCAUGACUAUAUAUAUGGCUUCAUUGAAUUU